UGAUAUGGGCCUAAAAUAGAUUACAUCAAUUAAAAAUGAGAAUGGAUAAUUCGCUCUGCAUUGUUUGAGAUUCAACAAUUUAAUUGCCAUCAAUUUUUUAAGUUCUUUGUAAAAUUGAAAGUCAAAAUUAUUUUGUUUAAUUGAGUUAAAAAAAAUAUGUCCGAUACAUAUUUAGAAACAUGUCGGAUUUGUAAAAUAGUGGUUCCCGUUGAAAAUAAUAUUUUUCAAAUCUAUGACAAUGCUUGCGUAAAAUUCUUAGAAGAAAUCAAAGAGAUAUCUGGCGUCGAUUUUAAUGGAGUUUUUGAACAACCAUGGUAUAUUUGUAUGAACUGUUAUACAUCGCUUUUAUCAGCUCAAGUAUUUCGAAAAAAAUGUAUUGAAUCGUAUGAAAUUUUCAAAAAUAGUCAAAAAUUAGAUGAACCUCUGGAUAAUGAAGAUCUUUUAGAAAAGAUUUUGAACUACAGACCGGAUGUUUUGGAAAACGAAAGCAGCGAAUUAGAGGAAAAUAAGUCUACAACUAACUCCAAUCCAUUACCAGCCAUUCCGAAUGAAGUGACUGUGGAGACAGUUGAGCCAAUUAAAACAGUUGCAACUGUUGAAACCAAUAAGACUGUUGAGCCCGUUGAAACUGUUAAGACCAUUAAGACUGUUGAGAUCGUUGAGGCUGUAAACAAUCGACAAUCAACAAAAAAAGAUGUACAAAUAACAAGAAUUUGUGAGAUCUGCGGUAAUGUUUUUGAAAAGAAGCGAAAUUUUAAAUUACAUCUUCAAAGACAUACUAACAUCAAGCGUUAUGAAUGCGAAAUAUGUUUUUGCAAAUUUUACACUCCAUCGGAACUGAAAUGUCACAUGAGGAAACAUACUGGAGAAAAACCCUACAAAUGCAAAUAUUGCAAUCGUAAAUUUUCCGACUAUGGGACACAUAAAAAUCAUGAAAGAACGCAUACUAAUGAAAGACCGUUUAGCUGUAAUUUUUGUGAAAAGACUUUUACAAAUCAAUUUAUGCAGAAAAAUCAUAUUUUGAUCCACACAGGAAAAAGAAAUUAUAAAUGUGAUGUAUGUAAUAGAGCAUUUGUGUAUCCAGGGCACCUUACGACUCAUUUAAAAUCGAUGUUUCACCGGCGAAAUUGUAAACUUGCUGAGUUAGAAGAAAAAGAAUUAACAGCCUAA